AUGUAUCGGAUGGUGCUGCAGAGUUUACUGGAUCGUCUGCUGCAUAAAAUCGUCUGGAGAGAUAGCGUCACAGAACCCAUUCGGACAUUCGUUCUCAAUACAGUUACCAACGGCACUGCAUCAGCACCUUACUUGGCUACGAAAUGUCUGCAACGCUUGGCCGAUGAAGGCAAGGAUUCGCACCCAGCUGCUGCAAAGGUCCUUAGAAAGGACUUCUACGUGGAUGAUAUGUUGUCAGGCGUAGAUGACAUUGAGGAAGGGAAGGUGCUCAUCAAGGAAAUGAUAGAGUUACUGCAAUCAGCUGGAUUUUUGUUACGAAAGUGGAAUUCUAACAGCAAGGAAUUGCUGUCAGAGGUGCCGGAGGAUUUGAGGGACGAACGCUCGAUUUUAGAAUUGGAUUCUUCGAGCUCGUCUGUGAAAACGCUGGGUUUGCCGCCAAGCACAGAUUCCUUUCGAUUCAGUUCGCCGAUGUGGAAUGAGUCAACGGAGAUAACGAAGCGUUGUGUCCUAUCAGAUGCCUCCCGACUGUUUGACCCUUUGGAACUGGUAAGACCAGUAAUAACUCAGGCGAAGAUCUUUCUGCAGGAUCUCUGGAAGCAAGACUGUGGAUGGGAUGAUCCACUCGAACUGCAGCUACAGGAGUACUGGCGAGAGUACAGGCGGAACUUAGCAAGCUUAGACGGGAUAUCAGUACCUCGAUGGAUUGCAAUAAGCCGUAUCGUCGUAGCAGUAGAGCUGCAUGGCUUCUGUGACGCCUCAAACAAAGCGUACGGAGCAUGCGUAUACGUUCGCACUACAGCUAUAGAUGGAAGCGUGGCAGUACAUCUUCUGACCUCCAAAUCUCGAGUAGCUCCACUCGAAAAUUUGAAGAAAAAUAAGAAAUCAUUUUCGACUCCUCGCCUGGAACUAUCGUCCGCAUUGCUCCUAGCGCACCUCUACGAGAAAAUCGUCAACAGCAUCAACGUUACUGCCAAAUGUUUUUUUUUUUGGGCAGACUCAACCAUCGUCAUUUGCUGGCUUUCGUCGUCGCCAUCUAGAUGGAAGUAA